UGGUAGAAAUGUUGGAGUUGGGGAGGGUCGACUUUGAGGUGACAUUGACGCUAUGUAGAUGAGAGUGAGGAUCCUGUGCUCCAUGUUACGUCCCUGCUCGCUCCAACUCAGACGGCGGCAGCUCCUUUCCCCGUCUUCUCUCCCCUCCUCUCUUUCAGCACCACUCUUUUUUGGACAGCACCUCGCACUCCAAGACGCAUUUGUCCGCCAUCCUUCCCCCUCAGGAUAAUACAUUUGCACGCAAAUCUCGGAUGCAAAGUUUUUACUUUGGUUUGAUCCAGUAAAAGCGCACGGAAAUAACUUUUUUGUUUCAUUCGGAUUUUGUCACUGGGGAAAAUCUGGCUGUGGAAUUAUUUUACUGGUCGCCUAUCCAUUAAGGUGUCAUCGUUUCUGCUGCUCCUGAUUUUUCUGAUUACCCUGAUUAUCCGUCUUCAGGCGAAUUUUUCUGGGCACUGGGCAUAAAGGAGAAAGAAACUGCUGUUUGCCUGGACCAGUGCUGAAAUCCGCUCUGUCCACUGGCCAGGACUACCCGACAUCCAGAGGUACCAUGGCUACCAACGGGACCAAAGCUUCGGACGGACACGUCUUAACGGAGACGGUGAACGACGCGUCCAACACCACGCCAAACGACAAACCCAAAACCUUGGUGGUGAAAGUCCAGAAGACGAAAAAAGAGAUUCCCGAGAGAGAAACAUGGGCUGGAAAAUUUGACUUUCUUCUCUCUUGUGUCGGAUACGCAAUCGGACUCGGAAAUGUCUGGAGAUUUCCUUAUUUAUGUGGCAAAAACGGAGGAGGGGCCUUCUUGAUUCCUUACUUUUUGACCCUCAUAUUUGCUGGUAUGCCCCUGUUCCUUCUCGAGACGGCUCUUGGUCAAUACACGUCUAUUGGAGGGCUCGGAGUGUGGAAACUCGCCCCCAUGUUCAAAGGUGUGGGACUGGCUGCUGCUGUGCUGUCCUUCUGGCUGAAUAUCUAUUAUAUUGUAAUCAUUAGCUGGGCUAUUUACUAUCUGUACAACUCCUUCACCACUGAACUGCCAUGGCAGUCUUGUGGCAAUCCCUGGAACACAGACCGCUGCUACACCAACUACUCCAUAACAGACACCUCCAACCUCACCAGCGCUGUGGUGGAGUUCUGGGAACGCAACAUGCACCAGCUGACAGAUGGUCUGGAGAAGCCAGGGGAGGUCAGGGUGCCACUGGCCAUCACACUUGCCAUUGCAUGGGUCCUUGUCUACUUCUGUAUCUGGAAGGGAGUCAGCUGGACUGGCAAAGUGGUGUACUUCUCAGCCACAUACCCCUACUUCAUGCUGUUCAUCCUGUUUUGCCGUGGUAUUACUCUCCCCGGGGCCAUGGAUGGGAUCCUUUUCUAUAUCACCCCAGACUUUGACAAACUAAAGGAGUCUGAGGUGUGGCUGGAUGCUGCCACUCAGAUUUUCUUCUCCUACGGGCUGGGGUUAGGUUCUCUGAUCGCUCUGGGUAGCUACAACCCUUUCAACAAUAAUGUAUACAGAGACUCUGUCAUUGUCUGCUGCAUCAACUCCUUCACCAGCAUGUUCGCUGGCUUUGUCAUCUUCUCCAUCGUGGGAUUCAUGGCCAAUGUGACAAAGAAACCCAUCGCUGAUGUGGCAGCCUCAGGACCUGGUCUGGCGUUUUUGGCUUAUCCUGAGGCCGUCACCCAGCUUCCCAUCUCCCCUCUCUGGGCCAUCCUCUUUUUCUCCAUGCUGCUGAUGCUGGGAAUUGACAGUCAGUUCUGCACCGUGGAAGGCUUCAUCACUGCACUGGUGGAUGAAUUCCCUCGGAUUCUCAGAAAUAGACGAGAGCUCUUCAUUGCCUGUGUCUGUCUCGUCUCCUACAUCAUUGGACUGUCCAACAUCACACAGGGUGGACUGUAUGUGUUCAAGCUAUUUGACUACUACUCGGCCAGUGGAAUGUGCCUGCUCUUCCUGGUCUUCUUUGAGUGCGUCUCCAUUUCAUGGUUCUAUGGUGCAAAUAAGUUCUAUGACAACAUCGAGGAGAUGAUUGGCUACAGGCCCUGUCUGUGGUGGAAGGCCUGCUGGGUUGUUUUCACUCCGCUCAUUGUGGCUGGAGUGUUCUUGUUUAGCGCCGUGCAGAUGGUUCCCCUCACUAUGGGUGACUAUGUGUUCCCAGCCUGGGGCCAGGGGGUGGGCUGGUGCAUGGCCCUCUCCUCCAUGGUCCUCAUCCCUGGCUAUAUGGGCUACAUGUUCCUCACACUCAAGGGCACAUACAAAGAGCGUCUGAGGCUAAUGAUCAAGCCGGUGGUGCUGGUGAAGGCCCAGGAAAACGGCCCCGAGCAGCAGACAGAAAACCAGAACCAGAACCCUGCCAACGAGGAAGCUUACAUCUAGAACCUUCUGCCUGUGUCUCUGUCUAAUGGGCCAGACUGGCGCUCCACAUACAGAAAAAACGUAAUCAAGGUUGGGAACAACCACCAGACUUCCACGUCUGCUUUUAUUCACCUACCUCCUGGGGACACGCGAGACCAACCUGAUUACACCAUUAUUUUUAGGGGUUUUUCUGUUUGUUUAUUUGUAUAAUACAGAGUUAUAAAAAUUGUGAGGAAAGACAAACUACCCAGCAAAGUUGUUGUGAUAGUUUGAAUUUCAUUAUGCAAAAAAUUGUUAGUCUUUCUAGAAAAGGAAAUGUGACCUAGGAAAUUACUGUAUUUUGAAUUUAUAAUUUAAAUUUGGAGGCCCGGUGUGAUUCAACAGUAUUGUGCUAAUUUAAAGAUAUUUACAAGUAAUUAAUCUAUUAAACUACAUUACUGUACAAAGAAAACUAUAGAGUAAAUUCAUUUUGCUUGUACAUGAAAUAAAUACAUUAAAUUGAAUGCAAUGUAGUAGGUGAAUAAAUGCAAUAUGAAAAUUGCAAAGAGGAAAUUGAAAAUUGAAUUUAGCGCAAAGACUUUAUGGGAAUGUGCAACAGGUAAGGCCAAAUCUCCUUAUAUGUGUAAAAUAUUAUUUAGCCAGACUAUCAUUCCCUCCCAGUACCCUGCAGUUAUCCAGUAAUGUUUACCACCCAGUUCUGGGACUACCUUUGAAAAGCACAAGUCCAGUGAGGAUUUCAAAGCAUCCGAACCCUUUGGGCAUGAUUGAAUACCUGUGACAAAAGCAAAAAUAACCUAUAUAGUAUAAAUAGCAAGAGACUGUUAAAAUUGUUUCUUUGUUUUCUAAAGCACAGUAACUUUGUAUGUUGUCUGAAUCUUUUUUUAGAAUCACUUUUAGGAUGUUUUCUAUGUAAGAGUGAGAAGGACCAAAAUCAUACUCUCAUGUUCAAAAGAUUGGUGAAGACAUUUGACCCGCUGAUGAUCGCUAAAACAAAAAUCAAGCAUCCCCAUUUGCCUCAUUGCAAAGCAACAGGGUACUUAAUAUCAGCCUACGAACACCAUUUGGAUUUGUGAACCACCACCACCACUAACAGUACAAAUAUAAAGAUGUAACCAUUGCAGAAGUCUGACUUUUGACUGCAUGCAUUCGCAAUGGAGUACUGCUGCACUUUUGCCUGAGAGGAAAUAUUUUGAAAAUGUGUAUUUUGGGCCAUCUCUCAAAUACUGAAAACCAGCUGAUUGAAAAAGAGAUGUUUUGUGUUGCGAUAGGUCUAUGCGUAUUCAGUUCUACUUUCCAGCAUUUGAGAAAGAAUAGGCUGCAAAUGGCUGCUGCAAUAGUAAUGAAGGAUGACAGGGGACUUCUGUGAUAGCUACCGCUACUCUGACUGAAACCGUUACUUAGCAACCCACUCCUCAGGAACAAAGAUGGAAAUGACCAAAUUCUCUCAGAUACUACCGCAAUACACUGAAAAAAGGAAUAAAAAAGUCUGUUUUUCCAUCAGUUUUUUUUUUUUUUUUUUUUUAUCCAACAUGAUUCCCACCAAUAUCAGAACAUAAAAACAUACAGACUACACAAUAUUAAAGCACAUGACAUAUUCAAAAGCUGAUCCAAAUUGUUGUCUCAUUUUUUAGUGCUAUUUCACUAGCAUACGUUUGUUUGUUUUUUUGUUGUUUUUUUUCACGGUCAGAACUGUGAAGGCCUUCAGUCAGUCUUUUUAGCGCAAGCCAUAGUAAGUUUCUGUCCCGUUGCAGGUGCAGAUUUCUAAUAUCUGAUGAUGACAGAAAAACAUUGGCUAGGCCAGAGGAUGAUGUUGUCAAAAGUAUCGCUGGCUCCUUUGACAAGACAACAGGACAUAGUCAGAUAUUAUACAGGCCAACACCACUGAAACUAUUCCUUUUCAUUUGGUAAAGGAAAACCUAUUAUUACAUAUCAAGUUGUUCGGCAAUAUAAAAAAAAGACAUGUAGAUGCUGAAUUUGUGAUGUAGAUGAGUUAACUCCACAAAUAUAUCUCUAUUACUAAAAUAAAGGAUCCAGAAAAUUUGCUUCUGUGGCAGCUACGUGCGACAGGAAUCAGGUUGAAGAUGUCCCUUUUAUUUUGUUUUAUUUUGCAAAGCUAUAUAAAUUAAAAUGUGCAAUGAUAAAGGGUUCCACGAAUUUUGUAUAAAGCUACCAUAAUGCAGUUUCUCUCUUGAACGAUGUUGUAAACUGGACUGUGUAAUACAUGUAUCUGUGAAUGUCCGUACAACCUGAAGUUUUUGUCUAAAUGUUGAAGAAAAAAAAUCUGAUAUUAUUUGCUGUUUUCUGCAAUAAUAUGACCAUCUCAGAAACUAAAGCACAUAUCUUUCUCAAAUGUAAAAAUUAUAAUUACAAUAACAAUAAUAAUAACAAUGAUAGUAAUAAUGACAAUAAUGUAAUAGAAAUGUCUAGUCAGAGAAUAUUGUUUUGUAUAUUUCUAACUGUUUCAUGGGCCUAAUGUAAAAUAUUAUAUGUAAAAAAAAAUAUAAUAAAUGUCUUUAGAUGGUGUUAUAUGAAAAGCAUGAUUGCCAUAUAUGUUAUCUGCAAAAAUAAAUAAAGACCUAUAGAUUA